AGAGUUCAACGGGAGAAAGCCGUUCUUAGAGGCCGGUAGGCGCGAUGUCGGGUGGUGGCAGCUGCCAGCGGCUGGCAGCAGGCCGCCAGCGGCGCGCUGGCGCAGUGCGCGCGCGAUGGUGAAAGGUGCUAUAUCGAUUCUUCGCCGCUCGGACUUUGCGCGCCUCGUCAUGCCAUACGCGCGAAUUAUACUUUUUUGUGCCAUAUUCGUAUACGUACAUUGCCAGAAGGACAAAGAAGAGGACUUUGUGUGUCCGGAAGGAACACAAGGAAAUGGAAAUUUUGCGGACCCUGCAACAUGUAGGCGUUUUUAUCAGUGUGUCGACGGGUACCCGUAUUUGAAUAGAUGUCCCUCGGGACUCUACUUCGACGAUAUUAGCAAGUAUUGUACAUUUAAAGCCGAAGCACGAUGCGGUCCCAUUGCCACGACUCCAGCUCCAAUAACAGAAGCUCCGUUAGAUUUGGCGACGAAAUGCGAUCUGUCGCAAUGUGAACUGCCGUAUUGUUUCUGUUCAAAAGAUGGCACCUUGAUCCCCGGCGGCUUGGAGCCCGAUAAUACGCCGCAAAUAAUUAUGCUGACUUUCGAUGGCGCUGUCAAUUUGAAUAACUAUGAAUUGUAUAAGAAAGUGUUCAGUGGAAAGAUAACCAACCCGAACGGUUGCCCGAUCCGGGGUACUUUCUUCCUUUCACACGAAUACAGCAAUUACGCCAUGGUGCAGUCGCUUGCCCAUGAUGGUCACGAGAUCGCUACCGGCACAAUAUCUCAGCAACAAGGCCUCCAAGACAAAGGGUACGAGGAAUGGGCUGGUGAGAUGAUAGGAAUGCGGGAAAUACUCAAGAAAUUCGCGAACGUAUCCCGUUCGGAAAUCGUCGGGGCUAGAGCGCCAUUCCUAAAGCCUGGCAGAAAUACGCAAUUUAAGGUGCUUGAAGAUUUCGGUUACAUCUAUGAUAGUUCAGUUGGCGUGCCACCACUCCCGAUACCAGUUUGGCCUUACACUUUGGACUACAAGAUACCUCAUGAGUGUAAAUCAGGCACAUGUCCAACUAAGUCAUUCCCCGGUCUGUGGGAGGUGCCCUUCAACGCGCAUUACGUCGAGUCCUUUGAGGGUGGACAUUGCCCCUACUUGGAUCAAUGUGUGCUUCACAACCACGAUUCAGAUGAGGUGCUAGAAUGGCUUCAAGAGGAUUUCAACCGGUACUACGAGCAGAACCGAGCGCCGUACAUGAUGCCGUUCCACACCAACUGGUUCCAGAUCAAAGAACUCGAGCAGGGCCUGCAUAAAUUCCUCCGCUGGGCUGCUGACCUAGACGACGUGUGGUUUGUAACCGUUACCCAAGCGUUGACAUGGAUCACGGAACCUAAACCAGUAAAGGCGCUGAACAACUACGAAGCUUGGAGAUGUGACAACAGAGAUCUGCCUGGGAAGCCUUGCAAUCUGUCCAACAAAUGUGCUCUCUCCUUCAAACAUCCCGAUACUAAUUUCACCGAUACCAGAUACAUGGAAACUUGCAGCGAGUGUCCCAAACAGUAUCCAUGGCUGGGAGAUUCCGGCGGUACUGGUAUUUCUGGUAAAGAUAAUUACAUACCGGACAAUUUGAAGAGAAAAUAGUAUAAAUAAAUGAUGUAACUUGAAGACUUUGUAGGAUUUAGUGUAAUCUAUUCAGU